UGAUAUUGACAGCAAUGACAGCUAAGCAUUCAAAGCAAAUAGCUAUUUUUGUGAAAAAAUAAUAUUAUUAUUUUAAAAUGAACGAAAAUGAUGAUGAAUUGACAACAUUUUGUGAUUCAACGUCAUCGCUUGUUGAGGGAUGCCGUCUUCCUGUUCGUAUGCAAGGAGGAGACGACUGGCCACUCGCCGAAAUUAUAAGUAUUAAAGAAGUUCAGGGCCAAAGAGGAUUUUACGUGCAUUAUGUUGAUUUUAAUAAACGUCUCGAUGAAUGGGUGGGUGAAUCUUGGUUGGACACUCGUAAAGUCCAAUUCCCUCGACGGGAUGGAACAGCAACAGGUGGUACAACUACUCCAAAGAAAACACUCAUUGGAUCAGGAGGUGGCGUUAUGCCUACUUUUAUUAAUGACACAGUCUGCAAUGAGAAUCAGAAGUCUAGUAAUGCUAGAACUAUAACAAAUCAACUGACCCAACCCAAAACACAUGAAAAGGCCCAUUUUAGCAAUGCACUCAAUGGUUCCGCACAAAAAAAUGCACUUGCUGUGGUUGAACCAAGACAGUUGGUGUCCCGACCCGCCAGUCCGACUCUGGUAAAUGAUUCUUCGUCACUGGUCAAUGGAGGAGCUGUCCUCGCAGCAGCCUUACAGAAAAAGAUGAACAGAAAACGCAAACCGCCCUCUUUGGAUAAUGACGUCAGUUUACAUUCGGAGCCGUCACAAGAAGGUGAAGCGGACGCGACGGCCAGCGGCACGGCGACGCCGACGGCGCGCCCGCGACAGUCCGGCAGUCUGGUCGCGCACGGACACGACGAUCUCGUCACGCGGAUGAAGAACAUCGAGAUGAUAGAACUGGGACGGCACAGGAUACGACCUUGGUACUUCGCGCCAUACCCCCAGGAAAUGGUGAAUCUCCCUUGCAUAUACAUCUGUGAGUUCUGUUUGAAAUAUAGGAAAAGCAAAAAAUGCCUCGAAAGACACUUGAUCAAAUGCAAACUAAAACAUCCGCCGGGCAACGAGAUUUACCGCAAGGGAAGCAUAUCGUUCUUCGAGAUAGACGGACGCAAGAACAAAUGCUACGCGCAGAACUUGUGUCUCUUAGCUAAAUUAUUUCUGGACCACAAAACCUUGUACUACGAUACAGACCCUUUCUUGUUUUACGUCAUGACCGAAUUCGAUUCCAGAGGAUUCCAUAUAGUGGGAUAUUUUUCGAAGGAAAAAGAAAGCACGGAAGACUACAACGUAGCAUGUAUACUGACACUGCCUCCGUACCAAAGAAAGGGCUAUGGAAAAUUACUCAUAGAAUUUAGUUACGAAUUGUCAAAGUUCGAAGGUAAAACGGGCUCUCCGGAGAAACCGCUGUCGGACCUAGGACUGUUAUCAUACAGAAGUUAUUGGGCUCAAACCAUACUCGAUAUAUUAUUGCACAUCAAACCUGUAGGCGAUAAUGAAAAACCGGUAAUUACCAUAAAUGAAAUUUGCGAACUGACUAGCAUUAAGAAGGAGGACGUGAUCAGUACAUUGCAGAAUUUGAACCUCAUCAACUACUACAAGGGACAGUACAUUAUCUCGGUCAACCAGCAACACGAGAAAGCAAUGGAAAAACGUAUGCUAAGAAUCGAUCCAAAAUGUUUACACUGGACUCCAAAAGAUUGGUCUAAACGGGCGAAAUGUGUUUGAAGUGAUAAUAAUGGAGACGAGAGCUAUCUAACUCAAGCUUCGACACGUAUGCAACCCGUUCAUUUUGUAUCUAACUAAUAAUAAUAUUGUUUUUUUAAUGGCUCGAUACUAACAUUGCUUGGGACUCUCAUGACACAUCUUAACAUGUUUGCACGAAUUUUUUUUUUUGUUUCACUUUGUCUUGUGUAGAUUCGUAGUUCAUUAUGAGUUAAUUUUUUUUUGUUUUUUGUUUUAGUAAUAGGCUAGAUGACUGAUUUUUAUAAAUGUUUCGUAUAAAUCCAGCUUGUAACUAAGGAAAUGAUGUUUAGUAGUAUAGUAGUGGUUGUAAGCUUUUUAAUUGAAUGCUAGACAGAGAGAGCACUAUCGAAAGAUAUGACGUCACAUGUGAUAUGGCGUUACAUGUGUUCAACAGUCCGGUAGGUGGAAUUCAGACUAUCUCUCAACUGAAAUAAAUCUGUAUGAUCGGUUUUUUUUUUUUGUUCCUUAUCUUAAUUGCUUUUAUUUAACCCUUAGAGGCAUGUUGUUUUAAACAAAUAAAACGAACAAUAAUG